AUGGUUGUGGGACGGUUUUACCUGUCCUGCCUGGCAUUGGGCUCCCUGGGCUCGCUCUGCAUCCUCUUCACCAUCUACUGGAUGCAGUACUGGCGCGGUGGCUUCGCCUGGGACGGCAGCAAGCUCAUGUUCAACUGGCACCCGGUGCUCAUGGUUGCUGGCAUGGUGGUGUUCUACGGAGCUGCGUCGCUGGUGUACCGCCUGCCCCAGUCCUGGGUGGGGCCCAAGCUGCCCUGGAAGGUCCUCCACGCAGCCCUGCACCUGAUGGCCUUCAUCCUCUCCGUGCUGGGGCUGGUAGCGGUCUUUACUUUUCACAACCAUUCUCGCAUCAGCAACCUCUACUCCCUGCACAGCUGGGUGGGGAUCAUCACCGUCUUCCUCUUCGCCUGCCAGUGGUUCCUGGGCUUUGCCGUCUUCCUCCUGCCCUGGGCGUCCCUGUGGCUGCGCAGCCUCCUUAAACCCAUCCACGUCUUCUUCGGAACCUCCAUCUUCUCUCUGGCCAUCGCGUCUGCCAUUUCUGGCAUUAAUGAGAAGCUUUUCAACAGUUUAAGGAACACCACCAGGCCUUACUCCAGCCUGCCCGAGGAGGCGGUCUUUGCCAACAGCACUGGGCUGCUGCUGGUAGCCUUUGGGCUGCUGGUGCUCUAUAUUCUGGCUUCAUCUUGGAAGCGCCCGGAGCCUGGGAUCCUGAAUGACAGACAGCCCCUGCUGCAUGGUGGACAGUGA